AUGAAGACCUUCAGUUUUUCUUUUGCAGUGAUCAUCAUGCUUGCCCUCUUUUUUAUUCAAGGGGUAUGCACCAUCUCCAUUGAAAAUAGGCAGGAUUUGGCAGAAACAAGAGAUGUGGCUGCUGAAUUCUAUGAGAUCCCAGCUGACCAAUGGAAGGUGGCAUACAACAGGCAGAAACGUCACAGUGAGCCUGGAGAAUGCCGUAUGUGCUGUAACUGCUGUGGCCAAGUCAAUUUCUGUGGUCUCUGCUGCCAGUGGUGA